AUGGCUCCAGUAACGCUCCCGCCGUCAUUCUAUAACUCAUUUUGGUCGGCAGACUAUCGAACCGGACUCGAAAUAUUGUUCAAAGAGCUGGACAAGGGCUGCACAGAAGCAGAGGACGUUGCGAAAUUCAUAGAGUCGCAAGCCAAAGGACAUCAUGCACUGUCCCAAACCUUACUCGUCCCACCCACUUCACAGCCACCAUCAACUUCCUCGCUUCAGCACACCCUCCUCGCUCUAAAAGGCGCAUCUUCGGCCCGCGGAGAAGCUCAUCGAGCACUAGCUAUCGAGCUGGAGAAUAGGAUCUUGGUUGGAUUUCAACAAUGGGCGGAGAGGCAUCAUGAGCGGGUCACGGAGGGGAGAAGAGAGGUUCUGGCCAAGGGAGGGGUGGUGGGUGUCUGGGAGAAGGAGGUUGUCAAGCUGAAUGCGCUGAAGGCGACCUAUGUGGCCAAGACCCGAGCUGCAGAUGACGGCGAGGACGAUGCCAAAUUCGCCCCUGCGACAGCAAAAUCCCCUCAAAUGUCUGUCCGGUCACCCUCCAUUUCCUCGACCGAUGGCUACACCGCUUCUCCCCAACCCCAAUCCGCAGCCCUCCGCCGCACCGGCACUGUCGCCGACCGUAUCUCGGAGAAGCUUCGCGCAGCCAGCAUCUCUUCCACCAACGACACAUCUGUGCCCAUCUCGCCGAGUAAAAGCCUCAAAUCCAGCACAUCCACGUCGUCCUCGUCUCGGCUGCACAAACCUGUUUUAUCGAUUGACGGCAAAAUGCUCCCGCCUCCGCCGAGCCCUUUGGGCGGUACCCCAGCGGCGGACGGGUCACGAAGUCCGGUCAGCCCUGGAAGUCCAAGGGAGGAUGCGUUUAUUCCCCCUUCUGACCCGCAUGGGCGGCCGACCAUGGGUCCCUCGGUACCCGACAAAGAGAACGGCGCCAUGGCUGUGCUGGAGGUGCAGCCGCCUCCGGUCCUGCUUUCAGGUCUUUCGCUCUCCGCGCAAGGUCUCAAGGACCUCCUCAAGCGGUUCGACGCAUAUCUCCUCACCACUCCGUCGCCCACCGCCGACGCCGCGGCUAUAUCCACCAAAUCCAACGCGGCGCUGGCAUCUCGCCACCGGACCUCCAUGCUCGGCACGUACGACAAGACCUUUUCGGGCGAGGAGGUCAUCGAGUGGCUUCGGGAUAACGUCGAGGGCUUCGGAGGCGACUGGGAGCGAUGCGUCGAUGCCGCGCGGGAACUGACCUCUAUGGGUCACUUUUCGCGUAUCGGAGUCAGUGUUCAGAGGGGCUUCGAAGCGGGAAGCGAGACGUACUAUGUCCUUCGCGCCAAUCCGCUUACAGAUCCCUCUCCGGUCUCCGCACUCUCCGCAGCGGCGAUGGACAAGAUCAAUAUGAGCAACAUCUCGUCCCCGCUCUCGCCCGCGACGUCGGCGAAUAUCCAGACUAUGCUCAAAUCCUACGUCCCCGCUCGGUUCGCGGCUUCGGACGAGCCGGCGCAUGUACGACUCAGGAAGGAGGCGCAGAAGGCGGACGAGGCGUACAAGGAGGGAGUGAGGGUGGCAGAGAUGAAGCGGUUGGAGAUGGAGCAGGCGGUGGAGAGGGGAUUGAGGGUGUGGGAGAGGUGGGAAAGGGAGCGUCUGACGGUACUUCAGCAGGUACUGAAGCAAUACGAAGCCGCCCUUGCCCGUCUGCCGACCCGCCUCGCCGCUCUGCAACAAAGCACUACUCUGUCUGUCGAAGCCUACAACCCCGACGCCGACCUCAAAGCGCUCAUCGAAGGCAACAGGACUGGUCCAUUCCGGCCCCAGCCGCACGUUUACGAAUCGCUCGAGGUGGACCAGCCGGAAGUCAAUUUUGGGAUCGAUCUGCGCAAGUGGGCUGGGGACUCUGGCGGAUGGCGAUCCGCCGCGCAGGCGCCGAAGCGGGAGAAGGGGGCGGUACCGGAGGUGCUGCAGGGGAUGUUGAGGGCUAUGACGGAGAUGGGCGAGAGUGCUACCGAUGACGAGAAGCGUAAAGCGUGGAUUUACGAAGUCCCCCUCACCGAGACACACGCUCUUCGGAGCUCGCUCAACAAUCCCGAUAUGCCCCUCGACGAUUUGGUCUCCGUCGUCAAGCAGUUCAACCUCCCUAUCGCCGCUGGUACGAUCAAGCUGUGGCUUCUCGAGCUCAACCCGCCGGUCCUGGGAUGGGAGGGAUGGGAGGACGCCAAGGCGAUCUAUCCGAGUGUCGGGGCGGAUCAGGAGAGGGACAUGACGUCUGCGGUGACUAGUGUUCUGGGACGACUGGGCGGGAUCCAGAUCUUUGUGCUGGACGCGCUGGUUGGCUAUCUCAGGCAAAUGAUCGACGCGACCAAGACGGAUGAGGCGAACGAGAUCUACGUCACCAAGCUUGCUCUUUCUCUCGGACGAUGCAUUACCCGACCCCACUCCGAGACGGACCUGACUAUCGGCGACCGCACCCCCUCACUCUUCUUUGCCGACCUCAUCAACCUCUAUUCGGCCGUCCUUCCCCCGCUCGUCGAGAAGAAGAAGAAGGACUCGGAGCGGGUCAUGCCUGUCCGCAAGCGGACUGUGCUAGUCGACCAGCGGAUCAGCCGGCGCAACAUCAGCGAGGACGACGAUACUCGCGAGCUGCUUGAGAAGCAGAUGGCAAUGCAGCAUCCUACCCCACCUCGGUCGGUCGGAAGAGACAGCCUGACCCCUUCGUCUUCGACAGCGAGCACUCAGCCGCCUAGGACAUUUAUCGAGAGCGCCACACCAAGCCAUCAGACUCCUCCGUCCCUUCCUCCUACGGCCGGGCUGGGACUCGGACUCGGCUUUGACACGGCGCCCAAGAUGGCGGAACCCCAGGACUCGGACGACGAGGGCGAACCUCCUUUCAACCCUUCUUCCGUCCAGGUCAUCCCGCCCACUCCGGCUCAAACCGCCUCGGGACAGGUACCGGAGCAUCAACCCUCAGGCGCCGACUUUUCAACCCAGGGUCAAGGCCAAGGCGGUGAGGACGAGUCGGCCACUGCGGACAUCCUCGACGGGCUCGUCGACCAGGAAGAAGACGCGCCGAUUGCCGGAGCGGGCUCAGGAGGUCUGAAGCGCGCGACGAGCGGGGAGGCCGGGGCUCUCGGGAUAGGAGGCGUGAGUAGGCUCAAGGGACCGAGGGGCGCCAGAGGGCCCAAACCGGCUGGAGGAAGAGGUUUGAGUAUUGCGGGCAUGACGGGUGUGGAGGCGGAUGAUGCUUCUGCACAGGGAUCGCCGACUGGAUCGGCGUCGGGCAGGACUGGAGGAGCGAUGCAUCGCUCAAAGGGGAGCGUAAGCGCCAUGGCGGCUAGGUUUGAGAAGAAUUAG